GCAUGUUAAGAUUAAUAAUGUCAUGAGUUGGUACCUUUACUUUCGCUCCGUCUAUUUUACGACACUUAGUGUAACCACAACUCCGAAAGCGAAAUCUUUAUUAGUUUAGGAAAUUGCCAAGGUGUUUAAUUGUUUGGUUGUUUUAAAACUGACUCGUAUUUAAUCGACUAAAAACCACAAAAUGCUCACCCUAAACGAAGAGGAAAAAUCCAAACUAAAGAACUGCUUUGGUACCCGCCAUCUGCAAUUCUUUCUACUAUUUAUCACCUUGUUGAUCGUGAACGGACAACGAACAUGUCUUUCGGUGGCCAUAAUAGCGAUGACAGAGAAAAUACCACCAGAACCGAGCAUAAUCACGUACCCACAGUGGACCAACACCGACACUAUCCUUUCGUCGUUCUUCUGGGGCUACCUUGCCACUCAAACAGUCGGUGGCCAACUGGGCGAACACUUUGGCCCUAAGUGGUUCCUAGUUGGUACUACCAUUCUAGGUUCAGUGUGCAACGUCCUCAUUCCAAUUCUGGCACAAAGUUGGGGAUCCACAGGAGUCAUUAUAUGUAGGGUAGUUCAAGGUCUGAGUCAAGGGUUCCUUCUCCCUUCCACCCACAUUUUGAUCAGUCGAUGGACCCCACUCUAUGAAAGAACCACCGUCACCAACGUGGUAUACUCAGGCAUGUCUCUAGGUGUAGUGACUUCUAUGAUGUUCACCGGUGCCAUAGCUGAGUCGAAAUUAGGGUGGCCACACGCCUUCUACAUUUUGGGGUUCGCUGGAAUCGCCUGUGGCAUCAUUUUGGGUUUUUUCGGAGUAAAUUCGCCCUCCCUACACAAGAACAUCUCCACAGAUGAACGAAACUACAUCGAAAGCAGCAACUCCGUCAGCCAAAAAGAGAAAGUACCAACACCAUGGAGGUCAAUCCUCACCUCGCUCCCCGUCUGGGCUAUCUUAGUAAGCUCCUGUGGCGAAAACUGGGGUACUUUUACCCUCCUUACCGAAAUCCCCAGCUUUUUGAGCAACAUAAUGAACUUCGACAUCAAUUCUAAUGGUCACUUGUCGGCGCUCCCCUACUUGGUCACGUUUUUUGUGAGUUUUGUGCCGCCACUCAUCGCGGAUCGGUUGAUUUCGUCCAAAACGCUGUCUAUUGGUACCACCCGGAAAAUUUUCAAUUCGAUUGGUAUGUUCGUACCAGGUUUGGCUUUGUUUGUUCUGGGUUUUGUUGAUGGUACGCAGAAAGUGACAGCCGUGGCGCUUCUGGUGGUGGCCGUUGCCGCUUCUAGUUUUCUGAAUGCGGGUGAGUUUGUCAACAUGAUAGAUGUGGCACCCAACCAUACUGGUACUAUUCUUGGGUUGACCAAUGGGAGCGGACAGUUGUUUUCGAUUUUGGCGCCAUUGACGGUGGGGUUCUUUGGAAACGAUAAGACUGAGCUUAUUCUAUGGAGGAAAGUGUUUUGGCUUACCACGGGGAUUUAUUUUUCUACUGGAUUAUUCUACGCGAUUUUUGCUUCAGGGGAAGUACAAACAUGGAACGAUUUGGAAAAUAAUAAUAGUGAAAGCAGAAAUGAAGACCGAGGGAAGGAAAAAGUGGAAGGUACUCGUGAUAUUGUAGAAUAAAAAAGUUUGAAAUUGUG